AUGUGUCAUUCAAUUAUCUGGUACUACGCUCUGUGCCAGCACCAAGACCAGGAUGCAACCUACCUAAUCGCGUGCCACAGAGCCUACCUAACGGGCUACGAGUGCACCGAAGAGCAAAGCGCAUGGCAUUUCUCACUUAUAGGGAAUUGUCUGCAAUGCAAGCUUGAUCAGCUGAUGCUACGCCACUCUAUCUUCCGCGAAUGGCGGAGAGAAGAUUUUUUGGCUGCACUAAACGAUGCAUUCCAAUAUAGUGACGAAGACGACUGGACUAUCGAUGACAGUGAUGCUGAGGAAUUAGACAUGGAAACGUUGUUCUCCCAGUCUCCCAGCUUGACUAGUAGGACGUUCACUGACCGAGCUGAGAACCGGGGGACCCGUGCAUCGUUCCAUAGGGGUCCGGCACACAUGCCGACCCUAGUGCAACAGUCAUCGCCUCACUUGUCUUGUGUCGCUUUGGUUGAAUAUUCUAAUGAUUACGCAGAUGAUGAAGAAGAGCCUUUGCAAAAACCUCAGACCCAGACGAGCCGGAGCUGGCGCUCUUGGAUUCCUCUUCCUACUAGGUUGGUACGCAACCAGCAGACCCCUGCAUAUUUGGCGUUUAUCACUGAUGAUAAUAUGUCGGGCGCAGAGCUUUUGCUCGGCACUUCUAAGCCAAAGAAACAUCAUCGGAAUCGGACUUGGCGUUCCUGGAUUCCCCUUCCUGUUAAGAAGGUGUCGGGGCAAUAG